UAUAGUGCAUUUUUGAUGCAGGGUUGUGGAGCCCCUUCGGGAUCCUGGAUACAUCCCCAGUCAGUGGGUUCUGGAUCUAAAAACUGGCUCAAGUUUGAUAACUGAAGAAGGAGUUAUGUCCUUUUAUUGGGUCCAUUGCCCUCAGCUUCUUGCUUUCCCAUCCUUGCCCUUUUUCUGGUUAUGGAGGUUAAGCAGCACCCUUACCGGCUCCCCCUCUAUUUUGCCCCUGGAGAUGCCAUCUCCAUUCUGCCCUAUGGAUCAAGCUGCCAUUGGCUGCCCCUCUCCCUUGGGCUGUUGUUAUGGUAAUUGUGGCCUUCUGACCUCCUGCAUUUAAUCAUCACCAUCUGACUACUGUUCCUUUGGGGAUUCCAUCAUCCGCAUUGGAUAUUAGCAAGCCCAGCUCUGUGAGUGCCCCUACUGUCAGUAUUGGCUUACAGAGGAUAGCCACCACUGAACUUCCUUGCUGGGACCUUCUUACCAGUACAUUCCUCAUGGCCUUGGUGAAUGGGGAUUUUUCUGGACCCCUCCUGGAAUAUGACCGUCUAGAGGUUUUCGGCCUCACGUAACAUCUACUUCAGUAAGCCUACUUCUCUCAGACGUUUUAUUCCUUCCUCUUCCUCCUGCCUGGGCAACCCAGGCAUUUCUACUUUCCUCAGUGUUGGCCAUCACUUUAUUCAGGCUUCUAAGAGUCACCCUAACAAUGAGUUUGUCCCAUCCCCCAGGGUUUUUCCAGGGUAGUAAAUCACAUAUCUUAUGAAAGUAUCCCUAAGUCGAUGAAAUCUUGCUUAGCCAGCUUUAUAUUCCAGCCCCUUGAUCAUGUACCCUCAAAAUUUAGCUUAGUAUCCUGCCAAUAUGCACUAAUUAUACUUUGGACCAUAAUCUCUUUCUUCCCUUUUCAGACCUAACAUGUCACCAGCUGGCUUCUACUGGGAUUCAGUUCUAGUUAUUGGCCUACCACCCAGGAUAAGAGGAUGUACUGUACAGAAAAAUUGUCAAAUGUGCACAGAAGAUAAUAGUUGCUUUUGGUGCAGUCAAGAAAAUACUUGCAAAAGAAUUUGUUUUCCAUAUUUUGGGUGUCAACUCAGUUCUGCAUUUUGGUUAAACUGUCGCAUUGACAUGUUUGGAUUCCUGAUGCUUCUACUCCUUAUAAUAUUGAUUAUAGCAUUUAUUUGUCAAUACUGCCUCUAUCUUCAUUACAUGCACAGUGUAUAAUGAAUAGAUAACUGGAAAGCUAGAUCAUCCAGAGAGAGAAGAAGGAAGUGUCUCUCAACGGUAAGCUUUCAAAUUAUACUGCAUAGACUUUUCUGUAUGACUUUCUGCAACCCCCUCCUAUUAAGCAACUUUUCAGAAAUAUAAUGAGAAUUGUUAAGAAAGUAAGUGGAAAUCAAAUCUGUAAAAUGUAAACUGAUUUUCGAUGUCUGAAACAUGUAUAGAAGGCAGAAAAAAAAAAUGGAGCUUCAGUAGCUCCUCAGUCAUCUGCCUUAGCUGAAAUCUGGGCUUUGUUUACUAAGUAUGUCAUAUUGGACAACUAACUUAACCUGCGUGUGCCUUAGUUUUUCCUCAUUCGUUAAUAUUCUCUACUAAUAGUGAGUAAAUCAGUGGGUAGCUCUGAGCACAAAAUGAGAUUUUACAGGCAAAAUUUUUAGAAUUUCCCUGAAACUCAGUCCUCAAUAACUAACAUUGACUUGUUACUGCUGGAGUCAAAGAAUCUCAGCCCUUGGGGACAUAUAAAGGUCAUCCUACCCAGCCCCUCAGCCAGGGCUGGGACCCUCUUGCCAAUAUUUCUGGCUUGUUGUAUCGUGAACAGCUAGAGACUAUCACUUGGAUUAAAGCAGUUAUGAAUUUGACUGUGUGAAUGUGUGUAUGUGUGUGUGUGAGUGUGCUUGUACAUACAUGCAUCCUCAGGUGCUUGAUUUGCAACAGGAUAAACCCCAGGCAUACUUUUAUUGCCACUUCCUACACUGCACCUACUCAGAAAGGAAGUCCCUAACUAGAGGCAGGCUCCAUUCUUCUAUGUCUCUUGAAGUAGUCAGUGCAGGUUAAUAAGGAGGGGGUGCAAAGAGAAUGCAGGGAACUCCCAGAAGCCUGCGGGCUCCCCUGGAGACCCGAAUGAUCUCCAUUCUGAGAGAGAUGAGAGUUUAAAAGAUGAGCAAUGCUAGGAAGACCCUUUAUCAUCCAAGCUGGGACCAUGCUGAGAAUAUCAGGGAGAACAGUUGUAAAUAAGGACUCUCUUGGGCAAAGAAGAUUGUGUAGUCAUACUGGCUAACACCCACUGUUGUGAGGAAAAUGUGUACAUUUCUUUGCUGUUGGAGGGAUUAGGUAUCUAUGCAAACUGUUUAGAAGGCAAUCUGACAGUAUCUAUUAAAAUAUUUUGGGGAGAUACUCUAUGACCUGGUCAUUCCGUUAUUAGCUACUAGAGAUUUUUUUCCCCUUGUGAGUCAACAAAAUUAUGCUUACUGGUUGAACCAUAUAAAAUGUCUUGCUUUGUCUAUUUGUGACAUACUAAAAGAGCAAUCUCAUGUGGUUCAAACCAAUAAAAAGAUCUAGGUUUUGUAGGGCCUGAAACUUACGGAAUUUUGGGACCCUCCAAAAAGUUGUUUAUAAAUCUUCCUGUUGUUAAUUUUACAAAAAUGUUUGACUCUAAUAAUACAUAUUCCCAGGGCCUUGAAAGGCGAGGGCAAAUGAGAACUCAUAGAGCUUAGGCUAUACCCAUACAUGUAUUCUAGUAAGUAUUUUCAAAAGAGGACACACACAGUCUUGUAUAGACUUGAAUAAAAAAAUGGAACUAUCUUAAACUGGUGGUAUAAAUUAGUACAAGGAUUCUAAAUAUUACUUUGGUGGAGUUCCCAUUGUAGCUCAGCAGAAAUGAAUCUGACCAGUAUCCAUGAAGAUGCAGGUUUGAUCCCUGGCCUUGAUCAGUGGGUUAAAGAUCCGGCAUUGCCAUGAGCU